ACUGGGCUGUCUCAGCUCUGGUUGUGCUCUAAUAAUAGACGAGGCCGCCUGCUCCUUUAAGAUCCCACUUGUUGCUCACAGUCUACGAAGCAAGCGCAACAAAAUGGUUAUCAAAGUAUUUCUCGCCACUUCAUCGGGAUCCACAGCGAUCAAGAAAAAGCAGCAGGAUGUGGUGGGCUUCUUGGAGGCUCUCCAUGUGGACUACACUCCUCUGGACAUCGCCUGUAAUGAGCAGAACCGCAUGUGGAUGAGGCAGAAUGUCCCAGAAGAGAAGAAACCCACCAAUGGCAUCCCUCUACCCCCUCAGAUCUUCAAUGAUGACAGCUACUGUGGAGAUUACGAGACAUUCUUCGAUGCCAAAGAGGACAACACAGUGUAUGCCUUCCUGGGGCUCCCACCUCCUCCUGGAUCAAAGGAGGUGCCAGUGGAGGAGCGCAAUGGAAAAGCCCACGGACAGGAGGAGCAGGCAGAGGAUGGAGAGGCUGAGGAGGAGGAGGCAGCAGAAGGAGAUGAAGAAAAGGUUGCAGAGGAAACAGAGGAACCGACAGAGGAGGUCACAGAGGACACACAAGCUGCAGCAGAUGAGGAGGAGGGACAGGAGGAAGAUGAGCUGCAAGAGCUUGAGGAGGAAGUGGCUGAGUAGUUCUGACCAGAAGGUGAAUGGGAUCUUGACUUACUACUGCCAAGGAUCUGGUCACACCCCCCAAGCCCACUUACCCGACUGCCCAUCCCUUUCCUGUUUGCUGGACCCACUGGCUACAGCUGAUCAGGAGAUGUGCGAAUGUCCAUUUGUGCCACUUUCGACUGCACUGUUGACUUAACUUUUAUAUUUUCUGUGAACAUGCUGUAUGUGCAGACUGGUGGCGUUGUCAUUUAGUAUUUUUUAAUGUGCAUUAUUUUUUCAAAACACUGUCACAUCUUUAACACAUUAUCUGAUUUAUAUGGCAACCCUGAACUAUAUGCCUUAAAUGGUCAUCACUUCUCCAGCUAAAUUAAACUAUUAUUAAGAUUAACAGGCUCCACAUAACACAAGUUCUAUUGUGUACAAAUGCCUUUCAGAACUAGACAAUAAUGACAAACAACACUUACACAGACGCUUCUCUUUUGUUUUGAUGUUUACUUUUAAGUUGUGUAACAUUAUAGUACAACUACACCACUUGUAAAAUGCUGCCAAUAACACUAGAAAAUGAAUGCACUUUUUACAUUGAGAAACAUGAUUACUAAUUUGAUGGGAUCAUUGAAAUAAAGUAGACUGGUAACAAGAA